GGGAAGCAUGCGAUGUCCUAGUUUUUUUUUGGUUUUUUUGUCUUAUUUUAUCAAAUGAACAAAGAUACUCAUUACACGUGCAGCUUGUUGAUCAGAUCUGGCAAAGGAGCUGCAAGGAAAGACUCGGCAGUGAAUUCUGGCUUGGACAACGAUGUUACUCUGCCUGACAUUGCUGUCCCUUGUGUAUGGGCUGCUAGCUUGUGACACUGAGACAGAUUCAACAGAUUCUUUCAAAUCCACAGGAAUUGUCUGCAGAAUUACAAGACCGGCUGCGUUGGUGUUAAAUGAGCAGACCACUCAAGUAAUCCAAGCAGCCUUUAAACAUGCAAAGUAUCCUGACAUGAAAGGAGAAAAAUCGGUUAUGUUUAUUGGAAAGGUAUCAUAUGGAUUAAAUAAUUUAGAAAUUUUCAAUCUCUCAAUUGGAAAAAGUGAAGUGGAUCUCAUACAAGAUGGUGUCAUUAAAGUCGACAUCCACAACGUGAGUGCCUCAUUCAAAGGCACUCUGUACUAUGGAUAUGGAGGGUGGCUCGUUAAUGUGGGCCACUCUGUUGACUUCGAAAUUGAGUCUCAUAUAGACCUGCAGGUGAACACCAGGCUAUACUGCGGAGAAGCAAACCGUGUUGUAGCUGACACUUCAGACUGUUACCUGACCUUUCACAAGCUGCUCCUACAUCUUCAAGGGGACAAACAGCCCAGCUGGAUUAAGAGGUUAUUCACAGACUUUGUCUCUUAUACUGUGAGACUCGUCAUUAAAAGUCAGAUUUGCAAGGAAAUUAAUAACCUUGCUAACAUCUUGGCAGAGUUUAUUCAGCAGCGAGCAGGACUUUUCCUUAGUUCUGGAGACAUAGGAGUGGAUAUUUCAGUGACCAACUCCCCUGUUCUUACUGCAGACCACAUUGAGUCACAUCACAAGGGGCUACUACUGUACAAAAAUGUUACAUCUGUAAUUGAAGAGUCGGUCUUCUCUCCUGACCUGCUCACUGAAUCCCGCAUGCUUUAUUUCUGGAUUUCUGACCAAGUGCUGAGGUCUUUGGUGAUGGCUGCUCAUGAUGACCAGCGCCUUGUGCAGCUCAUCAUGGGACAGGAGCUAAAGGAACUCUUUCGUAAUCAUCAUACCAGAGGUAUUCUGCACAAGAUUUUUUCCUCUGAAGAUCCAGAGGCCAAACUAUGGAGCCUGACAACCCCACAGCUCUCAGUAUCUCCUCUUGGGACAAUUGUGAGGACCUUAACUGCAGUGGAGAUUAGGACCAACUCCAGCCAGCCCGAGGCUCACAGGCUGUACUUUGAAACGGACAUUGAGGUGAUUGUCCAAGCCUCAUACUCAAGUAAGAAACUCUUCUUGGAUACAAAGCCUGCACUGAUAACAAUCCAAAAUCUGUCAACCUCCAAUAGAGACCAGCAGGGCGAGGAUGAAGACAUGGACUACUUUAAAGAGCUAGUUCAAAAAAUUGGAAUUCCGAAAGUUGUCUCAUAUCUUGAAAAUGGCUUAACAGAGCUGAUGAACAGAAAUGGACUUCACUUGUUCGAAAUAAUCAACCCUCAAGUUAUAACAGAAAAGGGAUACAUCAUCAUUCAGCUUGAUUUUGGCUUUCCUCAUCAUCUGCUGGUGGACUUCCUCAAGAGAGCUUUAUAGCCAAGCCAUUUACUUGCCAAAGACUAUUAUAUAGUGGCCUGGAAUUUUGUUAUUAUUAGAAUAAAAUCUGUUAUUCACA